AUGGCUCACCAAAAGCCUCCCCUCGCCAUGCCUGCCCUGGCCAAGGACAUGAUGCCGCACAGUGCUGCCGACGGGCAUACCACCACUUCCACCACCACCACCACCACCACAUGCCGCCAACGACUGCGCAACCCAUGGGCCUUUUCGCCCUACACCCUCGUCACCACGCUCGCUGCUUUUGUCGCCAUGUUCCUCAUGGCCCAGUCCUUCUUGCUGCGCCAACAAGACGUCAAGGGCUGCGGCAUGUCGUACAUGCGCCCGUCCUACACCAGGUUCAGCCAAUUCGACACCGAGCACACGCGCUUCGCAACAAAGUACUCCUUGUACUUGUACCGCGAAGCCAGCUUAGACCACGACUUCAGGGCAUGCGUGCCCGUCCUCUUCAUCCCGGGCAAUGCUGGCAGCUACAAGCAAGUCCGCUCCCUCGCCGCAGAGGCAGCCUACCACUACCACAAUACCGUCCAACACGACCUAGAUGCUGGCAAGGCGGGCAAGCGUCCGCUGGAUUUCUUCUCCGUCGACUUCAACGAAGACAUUACUGCUUUCCACGGACAAACCUUGCUCGACCAAGCUGAAUACCUCAAUGAUGCCGUCACGUUUAUCCUCUCUCUGUACCACACCCCGGGUAAAUUUCUGCGCGACCCCAACCUGCCGGACCCUACGUCGGUCAUCAUUGUCGGACACUCGAUGGGUGGUGUCGUAGCCCGCACUAUGCUCACCAUGCCCAACUACCAGGCAAACUCGAUCAAUACCAUCAUUACGCUUGCCGCGCCCCAUGCCCGGCCCCCGGUCUCGUUUGAUGGAGACAUCGUUCGCACCUACAAGGGUGUCAAUGAUUAUUGGCGACGCGCGUACGCCCAGAAAUGGGCCAUUGACAAUCCCCUCUGGCAUGUCACGCUCAUUUCCAUUGCCGGAGGAAGUCUUGACACGAUGAUUUCGUCCGACUACACUAGCAUUGCCUCAUUGGUUCCUGAGACACACGGAUUCACAGUCUUCUCAACCUCCAUGCCCAAUGUCUGGACCGGAAUCGACCAUUUGGCCAUUACUUGGUGUGAUCAGCACAGAAAGGUCGUUGUGCGCGCCUUGUACGACGUCAUCGAUGUUUCACGCGCAACCCAAACCGUACCACGUGCUGAGCGUAUGCGCGGUUUCAAAAAAUGGUUUCUGACAGGGCUAGAGGAUGCAGCUGAAAAGACCUUGCCACAAAAGGAAGCCAAGACGCUUCUCACACUCGAAGCAAACAGCGCCAUCAUCUCAGAGGGUGAGCGCCUUGUCCUGCGCAGCCUCGGUAAAUCCCAGCGUAGCCCGAAUGCGCAUCUAAUGCCAGUCCCUCCUCAGGCCCAGGGGAAAAAGUUUACGCUACUCACAAGCGAGCAGUUGGACGCUCCGGGCAGCCACGGUAUGCUUGAAGUCCUUUUCUGCAGUGUCUUCACUUCUCAACCUGGACAUUCCACCACCCUUUUUUCCAUGAAUAUGGAUUUUUCGGGCGAUAGUUUGGGCGCCACUCGCCUUGCUUGCAAGAAUGCUGCAUCGGAUGUUAUUGCUCUUCCUGCAUCGACCCGUCACUCAGUGCAUCCAUUUGAAACAAAUCAACGCCCAUUUUCCUACCUUCAAUACGACAUGGAGCAUUUGAGCGAACAUCAGUUUGUGGCCGUAGUCGACAAAGCUCAUGAACCCCAUGCUGGAUGGGUAGUGGCUGAAUUUAGUUCUGCCUUUGAUUCCCAAAUCGACGUCGACACGGGCCUGCAGCGCCUGCUAACGACUGGCCUCUCGCUUCGACUGCCAUCCCACCGUUCUUUAGUGACAACGAUCAAAGUUCCGGUCUUGAACUCUGCUCUUUUGGCGUACAAUAUCCACAUUGGAAAACAAGCGUGCGACGCUGGAGAGCUCUUUGCUCCGUUACUUCGCCAGUACGUUACUGACGUGCAUGAAAGUCGGUUCUCGGUCAAUGUCAGGGACACUGGCAUCAGCCUGCAUGGAAUAGCGCCAUACAUGCCACCUGCACUGCAUGCCAAGCAACCCCAGAACGGCUUGUCGCUGCAGAUCUGGUCCGACCCUACAUGCGACAGCAGUAUUGAAGUUAAUCUUAGCGUUGAUAUCCUGGGCAGCCUGGGUAAGCUGUGGAUGCGUUACCGUAUCGUCUUCGCUGCUUUUCCAAUCCUAAUUGUAGCCCUGGUUCUACGACAACAAUUCCGGACCUAUGACAAUAUUGGAGUCUUCAUGAGCUUUACUCAAGGACUCAAUGAGUGCUUGAAGAGUUCGCUGCCACUCGCCCUUUCCGCGCUCACAUUCCUGUCGAUCGCUCUGGCUACCGCCCAACAUCAAUCGAAGAAAUGGAUGCUCGGUAGCGAACCUAAUACAAUGGCUCUUUUCGAUGAUGCCAAUAAUGAGCUCCUGCUCGGUUCGGACGAUACUUUUUUCUGGUUUCUGGUACCGCUGUUUGGCCUAAUGUGUAUUGGCAUCUGCGUCGCCGUCAACUACAUUGCAAUGAUACUCGAGUUGAUCUUUGCAUCGCUUUAUUCUGUCUUCCUGCCGGCUAGAUUACGGAAAGACGAGGGUAGGAGAUCACCAUCGGCUUUUGCCGUAACAUCGAACCGACGGCGUGUUAUCAUCACAUGCAUCUUGCUGUCGCUCGUCUCGACAGUGAUCCCCUAUCACUUUGCCUACGUCGUACUCUGUCUUGUACAGCUUGCAACCACUGUUCGCGCCUUCCGACUAGCAAGGGACUCUGGUAUGGACUCCAACUACAACUUUUACAACUACGCACACUCGAUAUUCAUCCUCAUGCUCUGGAUCCUGCCAAUCAACCUCCCAGUUUUGGUAGUCUGGAUACGAAAUCUCGCUGUUCAUUGGCUCACGCCUUUUUCGUCGCAUCACAAUAUCCUCUCCAUCAUGCCGUUCAUCUUACUGGUGGAGACACUGAGCACAGGACGAAUGGUCCCCCGAGCCGAGUUCCGUGUCUCCUUCUUCACCAACAUUCUGCUCUUUUCGAUCGGCGCCUACGCGGCAGUCUACGGUGUGACAUAUGCAUAUGUGUUGCACCAUCUUGCCAAUAUACUCUGCGCAUGGCUCGUCGCCAUACAUUUCGACCCAUCGACCUGGCCGCCCAAGCGAGCAGCAAGUAGCAGCGCCGCUACCCUUGAAGAUAGGAAUCCAGACGGCAAGACGAAGAAACGACCAUGA